GUUCAACACUGUUGUACUCUAUCCUGAUUGGACAACCGUUUCCCCGCUUCAACUAGCCAAUCAAUAAACAGUAUCAAUAGGCAUAAAUACCAUAUCACAUAACUGAAGCUAUAAUUUUGUGAUCUACUAACAAAUUAUUGUAAAUGUAUCUGCAAGAGGGCGAAAAUGUACGUGCCGCGUACAUUUUGGUUAUAAAUUUUACGAUUCGUAAUCAUUCUAAGUAGUAGCUGAGUUGUAGCCAUCGCGUAUGCCGGUGAUGCGACAGUUAAGUUUAGAAUCAAAGUCUGAAGACAUCUGAAGAAAGUGACAGAAAAGAAAACUAUUCAAACUAAAAAUUAUUACCUGGAUUUAUAUUAAAUUGAGAUUUUGGAGGAAGAAAUUGGUAACACAAACUGAUUAUUAAAUCAAAUAAAAAUUAAUUGAAUUGGACUACACAAAUUAUAAAGCGAGGAGAAAACAACAUUUCGUUGUCGAUACAGUAUAAACAAUAUUCCAACGUACGUAGGUAACAACGUGAAGUAAGGAGCCAGUUCAAAGAAGGUGACGAAAUGUAAUGGGCAAGACAUUCGGGCUGUUUUGGUCUGCUUGGCUCGGCCAAUAGCAUCUGAUUUCUGCGCAACGCCCCCCUGACCAGCGUCUCCUGAUUGGUGCGCGGGCCUUGCUCAGCCCCGCCUGGAAGAGUGACCUCCCGCCACAAGGCUCGCUGAUGCAAAGACCCCGCCCCCGUUGCAAGCCCGUUUCCUGGUUGGUCUGACUUGAGCGUCCCGCGCGUUCUGUGGCUAUUAAAGCAGGACUUCCAACCGCCGGCUGCAACAUUUCUUUUGUGAUAGCGCUACUGAAAGAGAAUCAAGAUGAGCGGCAGAGGCAAAACCGGCGGCAAAGCGAGAGCGAAGGCCAAGACUCGUUCCUCUCGUGCCGGACUGCAGUUUCCGGUCGGUCGUGUUCACAGACUCUUGCGAAAAGGCAAUUAUGGUGAGCGUGUCGGUGCCGGCGCCCCCGUGUACUUAGCGGCUGUGCUCGAGUACUUGACCGCUGAGAUCCUGGAAUUAGCUGGUAACGCAGCCCGCGACAACAAGAAGACCAGAAUCAUCCCUCGCCACUUGCAGCUGGCGGUCCGCAACGACGAGGAGCUCAACAAACUCCUGGGCGGAGUGACCAUCGCUCAGGGCGGCGUGUUGCCAAACAUCCAGGCCGUGCUUCUGCCUAAGAAGACCGAGAAGGCAGCCAAAUCCAAAUAAGUCGAUUAACUAGACCACCAUUUGCCCCAAAACGGCUCUUUUAAGAGCCACACACUUUUCUUUUGGAGAGCAGUACACCCUUGUUUAAAAUGUCUAUUCAUGGUGUUAUGGCUGAUUCCGUAAAUGUAUCACGUUUAGAGGUUCCAGCUUCCCCCCAUCUCCAAGAAAAGUACAAUUGAAAUGAUUUCAAAUUGGUAGGCUGGAGAGCCAUUUUGAGAAGGUCCCAGAAUGUAAGUCAAAACACUCCAUGGGGGGGUCCUCAGUUUAGUAUGGCAGGCUGAGCAAGGGUUCCAGUUGUUAACAUUUUGUUAUAAACUGCAUAGAGGAAAAAGGCACAACAGUUUUCAUUUGAUUACUUGGUAUGUAAAUAUAGACUGGCAGCUUUGGGAUGCAUCAACAAAAGUGGAAGCCAUGAAAUAAUAUACAUCCCAAGUGAGACCUGCCUCAUAGGAAAUAUUUUUGAUGGACAUUCAUCAGGAAUGUUAGCACUGGUUGUAAGAAAAAACUUAAAACAUUCCAACAUGCUUUAACUUAAAUACUAUUGUAUAAUUCACUGUGAAAUUAGGGUUGAUUCGGUCUGUAUCCUGCACCUAUUUUUUAACUACUGUAACCAAGUUCAGUGAGUAGAAUAAAACAGAGCUCACCUGGGUUAAAUAUGUCACAGCAAAGGGUCUGAAGGCAGUAAUUUCAGUUUUUUUUUUAAUAAAUCUGCAAAAACUUCACUUAACUUUUUUUCCCCCUGUGAAUACAGGGUGCGACGUGGAAAAAUGAAUGUAAAUUAUUUUG